CCAACCACACACAGUCGGUACAAGUAUUUCGUUGUCGCAAGUAAUUUUCAGGCGAUCUUUAAUACUUUUUUUUAGUUAAUAAUAAAAAACACACGAAUAAUAUUUUAUUUGGAUUAUAAAAAAUAUAAACAUUUUUAUUAAAAAUCACACAAAAUGAAGAAGUUUAUGAUUGUAUUUGUUGCACUUUUUGGAGCCGCUGUUGCCCAGGACUCAUUCAAAUGUCCCGAUGAUUUUGGUUUCUAUCCACAUGAUAUAUCCUGUGAUAAAUACUGGAAAUGUGACAACAAUGUUGCUGAAUUAAAGACCUGCGGUAAUGGUUUGGCUUUCGAUGCUUCUGAUCCAAAAUAUUUAACUGAAAACUGUGACUACUUGCACAAUGUUGAUUGUGGCGAACGUACACAAUUGGAACCUCCAAUUUCCACACCCCACUGCUCUCGUUUGUAUGGUAUUUUCCCCGAUGAGAACAAAUGUGAUGUCUUCUGGAACUGUUGGAACGGUGAACCCUCUAGAUAUCAAUGCUCUCCCGGUUUAGCUUACGAUCGUGAUGCUCGUGUCUGUAUGUGGGCCGAUCAAGUACCCGAAUGUAAAAACGAAGAAGUUGCCAAUGGUUUCUCUUGUCCCGCUGCCGGUGAAUUGGCCAAUGCUGGUUCUUUCUCCAGACAUGCCCACCCUGAAGAUUGCCGUAAAUACUACAUUUGCUUGGAAGGUGUUGCCCGUGAAUAUGGUUGCCCCAUUGGUACUGUAUUCAAGAUUGGUGAUAGUGAUGGUACUGGUAACUGUGAAGAUCCCGAAGAUGUUCCCGGCUGCGAGGAUUACUAUGGUGAUGUAGAUCUAAAAGCUUUAAAAAAAUUGGGCUAUUAAACACGACACCUAUAGUCAUCAACUAACCUAAAGAAAAACAACCAUAUUUUGGAAUUUGUAAAAACGAAACAAGUGUAAGCAGCGUACAGAAAAUUAGUUUAUUAUCAUUUUUUGUAGCUAGAAAGACUGAAAUAAAUAAUUUACAUCAAAAAGAAAACAAAUAGAUAGACAUUUUCAUGUUUAUUUUGGAUUAAACUAAAUUCUGUUUAUACUUAAGAAAAAAAGUCGUUUAUUUUUCAAACCAAAUAAAUAAAUUUCAGAAUA